AGCUACCCCGGAAAAAAAAGAAGUUAAUGACCCUUUUAGCUAGCUGCUUCUCUCAUAGCUACCAGAUUGGCUUUUUGUGUUUUUAAGCUAAUUCUGGGUUUGUUUUCAUCUUGUCGUGGUAAAGACAACGGUGGUUAACAUACUUGGAAGAUUUAACUUCCCACCAUGUUUCUCACCCUCACCCUGCUGCGGAAAGGCAUCCCUGGGAAGCAGUGGAUCGGAAAGUAUCGGCGUCCGCGGCCGAUUACGUGGCAGAUGAAGCGCAACACGUUGAAGAAUCUGGAGCGUGAGGCCGAGAACGAAUACUGGCUCAGCCGGCCGUACAUGACCGCGGAGCAGGAGCACGGCCACGUCAAGGAGCGCAGAGCCCAGGACUGGCUCAAGAUCAAGGAGGCCAAGUUUGCCAAUUUCCCCGAACACAAGCGCAUGACAGACCACCUGAGCCACUUAAGAAUCACCAAGACGUGGUGAAGCUAACAUCAGCAGCAGCGAAAGGACAAGCAGAGACUGUCUUUGUAAUGUGACAACAGAACAUGUUGGUGUGUGUUGACUGAGAAGCCCCCCUGAAAUGUCCACAAAAGUCUGUUUUAGCUCCCUGCAUGAACAAGUCUGUAAUUUAUUUCUCUGUCUCGCAGAAGCUGAAUCCACACUUCAGCAGGAUUGUAAUUUCUCCACAUUCAACGCAGCUUCUUUGGAUAAAAACUUCUUAAAACGCCA